GGACUCUCGUCCCUGUGGCCGCCAUUAAAGAAAAAGGGGCUCGGAAUUAGACGGGAGAAGAAUCCCCCGCUCUCCCCCCCGCCCCGGCCGGGACGCGACAUGGGGGCGACCCGCUGACGGGAGCCGGGCGCUCAGGAUGCCGCGGCCGGGCAGCCGCCGACAGAGGCACCGCUGAGAGAGGAGGCCCGCCAGCGGGGGCUUCGGGGCACCGACCGCGGCCGCCGCGUCCCUCUGUCUCCGCGCUUGGCGGCGGGGCCGGAGCCAGUGGGGUUCGGCCCCUACCCUGGGGAGAUUUGGGGGUUCGCCCCCCGUCCCCGGAGAUUCCCCAGUUGAGAGGAUUCGGGGUUCAGCCCGCCCCUUUGGGAGGGCCCUCCCCCGAAGAGACCCCGCGGUCCCUCCCUCCCCGGCUAGGGAGAUCGUGGGGUUCAGCCCCCCUCACAAGAGACCUCUCCAUCUGACGAUUUGCGGGGUUCGCACCGGCGGAGGGAACCCCCCGGCCGCGGCAACUUGGUGGGGGUCGGAGAUCCACCCAUCGGUGGGGAUUUGGUGGGGUUCGGCUCAACUUUGGGGUAGGCCCCUGCUGACGAGAGACUUCCUGGGAUCCAUCCGCCUCUCUGAAAAAACUGGGGCUCACCCCCUGGAGAAGAUUUCCCCUCCCCCCGCGUCGAGGAGACGGUGAGGGUCGCCCACAGUUUCUCUCUUCCGCUCCCCCAGCGAAGAAUCUUCACGCACAACGGAGACUAUUUGGGUUUCACCCUUCAGAUAAGAGGAUUUUUUUGCGGGGAGUUAUGCUCACAAGAAAACAUACCUCGCUGGGCUGCUGCUGAGGGCGCGUUCGGGGUCCCCUUCUCACUCAAGAACCCCCCCGGCGGAUUUUGGGGGACACCCCGGGAGAAUUUUACCCCACCCUUGGGAAUUCUUAAAACUUAUUUGGUUUCUGACGCCUGAAGUUUUUUUCUGAUCUAAUUUUUAAUUUAUUUGGAAUAUAUUUUGAGGGGGAGAAGAAUCUGACACCCCCGCUUUACUCUCUUCCCCUCGGACUCUUAUCGACCCACAACCACUCAGCCCCAGUCAUUCCACUCUUUGCCCCUCUCAUCUGGCGAAUAAGAAACAAGAAGAAGAGCAGGGAGGUUGCUGGAUUAAUUGCCCCUGUUGGAUUAUUUAUUCCUCAACUCCCUCGUUUGGCGACUGAGAUAAGAGUGAGGGGUCGUGAAACCAUUUUACCUCCUGCCCCAUUGGAUUAAUUACCCCACUUCUGUCCCCUUGCUGGAUCAGCUACCCUCUUCUCUCCCCUUGGUCUUCGAUUGAGUGGACAAGAGAAGCAAGGAGGAUUGUGUAUCUUAAUCUCCCAUCGUUGGAUUAUUGACCCUUUCCUCCUUUUCUCCCCUUCCUUGUUUUUGUCUUUGCCCUCCUGUUUUGGCAGAAGAGGAGGGAAGGUUCUGACUCUUUUGCGCACUUUUCACGGCUCCCCCCCCCCCCCACCCCGGCUCUCCCUCUCCUGUUUGUGCAAAAUCCCUUAUUUAACUGUAUUAUUUGUGCGUGUGUAACCUCCCUCCCCCCUUUCCUUCUGUGUCUCUCCCUCCCGGGCUCGCUGUCUCUCUCUCUCUCUCUCUGUCUCUUUCUUUCUUGUCGGAGGCUGUGGGAUAAUGGCGUGUGGGUUGUGGCUGUGAGGAUGAGUUCCUGCUUCGUGCCGAACGGGGCCAGCCUGGAGGAUUGCCAUUCCAACCUAUUCUGUCUGGCUGAUUUAACUGGGAUUAAAUGGAAACGAUACGUAUGGCAGGGUCCAACAUCUGCCCCAAUUCUCUUUCCGGUAACAGAGGAGGAUCCCAUUUUGAGCAGUUUCAGUCGCUGUCUGAAAGCCGAUGUACUGAGUGUUUGGCGGCGCGAUCAGAGACCUGGACGCAGAGAGCUGUGGAUAUUUUGGUGGGGCGAUGACCCCAAUUUUACUGAUCUUAUUCAUCAUGACCUCUCAGAAGAGGAAGAUGGCAUAUGGGAGAAUGGACUGUCUUACGAAUGUCGCACUCUGCUUUUCAAAGCAGUUCACAACCUGCUGGAGAGGUGUCUAAUGAACCGGAAUUUUGUGCGCAUUGGGAAAUGGUUUGUGAAGCCUUAUGAGAAAGAUGAAAAACCUAUAAAUAAAAGUGAGCACUUGUCCUGCUCUUUCACCUUUUUCUUGCAUGGGGACAGCAAUGUUUGUACCAGUGUGGAAAUCAACCAGCACCAACCUGUAUACCUUCUUAGUGAAGAACACCUUACCCUUGCCCAGCAGUCUAACAGCCCUUUUCAAGUUAUCCUAAGUCCAUUUGGAUUAAAUGGCACACUCACAGGACAGUCAUUCAAGCUCUCAGAUUCAUCUACAAAAAAGCUGAUUGGUGAAUGGAAGCAAUUCUAUCCUAUCACAUCUAACCUGAAGGAGGGUUCUGAGGAAAAACAAGAAGAGAUGGAUUGGGAAGAUGACUCUCUGGCUGCUGUGGAAGUCCUUGUGGCUGGUGUGCGAAUGGUCUAUCCAGCAUGCUUUGUUCUAGUUCCUCAGACAGACGUUCCUGCUCCUAGCGCUGUGGGGGUUUCUCACUGUUCAACUACUUGCUUGGGUGUCCACCAAGUGCCUGCUUCCACAAGAGAUCCUGUCAUGUCUUCUGUAACUUUGACUCCACCUACGUCCCCAGAGGAAGUUCAGACAGUUGAUGCUCAGUCAGCCCAGAAGUGGGUGAAAUUUUCUUCGGUUUCUGAUGGAUUUAGCUCUGACAGUACUAGCCACCAUGGUGGCAAAAUCCCUAGAAAACUAGCCAAUCAGGUGGUGGAUCGAGUUUGGCAAGAAUGCAAUAUGAACAGAGCACAGAACAAGAGAAAGUAUUCUGCUACAUCAAAUGGCUUAUGUGUUGAAGAGACAGCUGACAAAGUAGCAUCCUGGGAUUUUGUUGAAGCCACACAGAGGACAAAUUGCAAUUGCUCAAGGCACAAAAAUCUUAAACCGAGAAGUUCGGGUCAGCAGGGGCAGGCACCACCUGUAGGCCAACAACAACAAGCAGCUCCGAAGCACAAGACAAAUGAGAAGCAAGAGAAGGGGGAUAAGCCACAAAAACGCCCUUUGACGCCUUUUCACCAUCGUGCAUCUAUUAGUGACGAUGUUGCAAUGGAGGCAGAUUCAGCAAGUCAGAGGCUUGUGAUCACAGCACCAGACAGUCAAGUGAGAUUUUCAAAUAUCAGAACUAAUGAUGUAGCAAAGACUCCUCAGAUGCAUGGCACUGAAAUGGCAAAUUCACCUCAACCACCACCACUUAGUCCUCACCCAUGUGAUGUAGUAGAUGAAGGGGUAACUAAAACUCCUUCUACUCCUCAGAGCCAGCAUUUCUAUCAGAUGCCAACACCAGACCCCUUGGUUCCCACAAAAACAAUGGAAGACAGGAUAGACCCCUUGUCUCAGCCUUUCCCACCUCAAUUCCCAGAAGUUAUAGAACCUACAAUAUAUGUUGGUACUGCAAUGAAUUUGGAGGAAGAUGAUGCUAACACCACUUGGAAGUUUUACAAAGUUCCAAAGAAAAAGGAUGUGGAAUUCUUACCACCACAACUUCCAAGUGAUAAAUUCAGAGAUGAUCCGGUAGGACCAACUGGACAGGACAACAUAACGUCAGUUACAGAAUUAAUGGUGCAGUGUAGGAAGCCUUUAAAGGUUUCAGAUGAACUGGUGCAGCAAUAUCAGGUAAAAAACCAAUACCUAGUAGCAGUAGUGUCUGAAGCUGACCAAGAACCUGAAAUUGAUCCUUAUGCAUUUGUUGAUGGUGAUGUGGAAUUCCUUUUUCCUGAUAACAAAAAGGAUAGGCAAAACAGUGAAAGAGAAGCUGGGAGAAAACACAAGGCUGAAGAUGGGACCGCUAAUGUUACGGUUUUAUCCCAUGAAGGAGAAGAUGCUAUGUCACUGUUUAGUCCUUCUGUCAAGCAAGAUGCACAACGUAUUGCUGCUCACGCUCGCACUGCAUCAACUAGCCUGUUUCAUGAAACAGACUUGGUAGUCUCUUAUACUGACCUUGACAAUCUCUUCAACUCUGACGAAGAUGAACUAACACCUGGAUCUAAAAGGACAGUGAAUGGCUCAGAUGACAAAUCCAACUGCAAAGAGUCAAAAGCAGGAAAUUUGGACCCAUUGUCAUGCAUAAGUACUGCAGAUCUUCAUAAAAUGUAUCCAACACCACCAUCAUUGGAACAACAUAUUAUGGGGUUUUCACCAAUGAAUAUGAACAAUAAGGAAUAUGGCAAUAUGGACGCUACACUUGGAGGAACUAUACUUGAAGGGAAUAGCUCUAGUGUAGGCAUUCAGUUCAGAAUUGAAGUAGAUGAGGGAUUCUGCAGUCCAAAACCUUCUGAAAUCAAGGAUUAUUCCUAUGUCUAUAAGCCUGAGAAUAGUCAGGCUUUUGUGGGGUGUUCCAUGUUUGCCCCACUAAAGACUCUCCCCAGCCAGUGUCUCCCUCCUAUCAAGCUGCCAGAGGACUGCAUUUACCGUCAGAGUUGGACUGUUGGAAAACUGGAGUUACUUCCUCCAGGACCCACCAUGCCGUUCAUCAAAGAGGGUGAUGGGAGCACUAUGGAUCAAGAGUAUGGCCCUGCCUACACGCCACAAACUCAUACUCCAUUUGGGAUGCCGCCCAGUAGUGCACCUCCCAGCAAUAGUGGAGCAGGAAUUCUCCCAUCUCCUUCCACUCCUCGGUUCCCAACUCCUAGAACAAAGGACAGACCGUCGUACCCCUCGUGAGCUGGUGGACCUGCCAGUGCUCAAGGUUCAGUCAAAUAUGAAAAUUCUGAUUUGUAUUCACCAGCGUCCACACCAUCAACAUGUAGACCACUAAAUUCAGUUGAACCUGCAACUGUACCAUCCAUCCCUGAGGCGCACAGUCUCUAUGUGAAUCUCAUCCUUUCAGAGUCCGUAAUGAAUCUGUUCAAAGACUGUAACUUUGAUAGCUGCUGCAUCUGUGUCUGCAACAUGAACAUCAAAGGUGCUGAUGUUGGAGUUUACAUUCCAGAUCCAACACAAGAGGCUCAAUAUAGGUGUACCUGUGGCUUCAGUGCUGUCAUGAAUAGAAAGUUUGGCAACAACUCUGGAUUGUUUCUUGAAGAUGAAUUGGAUAUCCUCGGGCGAAAUACAGAGUGUGGCAAAGAAGCAGAGAAACGUUUUGAAGCUCUUAGAGCUACUUCUGUUGAGCGAGGCCUGAAAGAACCAGAGAAAUUCCCUGAUGAGUUAAUACUGUUGCUGCAAGAUCAGUGCACCAACUUGUUUUCACCAUUUGGAGCAGCAGAUCAAGAUCCUAUACCCAAAUUUGGUGCAGUUAACAACCUGGUACGUGUAGAAGAAAUGGAUUGUUGCAAUGACUGCUACCUAGCGUUAGAACAUGGGCGCCAGUUCAUGGACAAUAUGUCAGGAGGAAAAGUUGAUGAAGCACUUGUGAAAAGUACUUGCUUGCAUCAUUGGUCAAAAAGAAAUGUUGUGGAUGUGAGCAUGCAGUGUUCACAGGAUAUCCUUCGCAUGCUCCUGUCACUCCAGCCAGUUCUUCAGGAUGCUAUUCAGAAAAAGCGAAUAGUCCGAUCUUGGGGUGUGCAGGGCCCCCUCACAUGGCAGCAGUUUCACAAAAUGGCUGGCCGAGGCUCUUAUGGAACUGAUGAGUCCCCAGAACCACUGCCAAUUCCAACAUUUUUGCUGGGAUACGAUUAUGAUUUUCUGGUGCUGUCUCCAUUUGCCUUGCCAUACUGGGAGAGGCUGAUGUUGGAACCUUAUGGAUCUCAAAGAGACAUUGCUUAUGUUGUGGUGUGUCCUGAGAAUGAGGCCCUGCUGAAUGGAGCAAAAAGCUUCUUUAGAGAUCUGACUGCAGUAUAUGAGGCUUGCAGACUUGGUCAGCAUAGACCGAUCUGUAAACUGCUCUCUGAUGGGAUCAUGAGAGUUGGAUCCACUGCUUCAAAGAAACUUUCUGAAAAGUCGGUCACAGACUGGUUCUCUCAGGCAGCUAAUGCCAACAAUGAAGCAUUUUCCAAACUCAAGCUCUAUGCUCAAGUUUGCAGAUAUGACCUGGGUCCUUAUCUUGCUUCUCAGCCAUUAGACAAUUCUUUACUUUCUCAGCCAAAUCUAGUUCCCCACACAAGCCAGUCUGCAUCCACUCAGCCGCUGAUUGCAGGAAACGCUGGAAAUUCCAACACUCCAUCAUCCAGCACUGCAGCUGCUACCAGUAGUACCAUGACAGUGACUUCAAACAGUGCCGUGUCUUCUGCAGCUACUACAACUAAUUCAACUUUGACCACUACCGCCCCCUCAUCUUCUUCCACCACCAUAGGCAGUGGGAUAUCAACAAACAAACCUUCUUCGUUUCCACCUUUUAGCGGCAUGAACAGUACUACUUCUGCCUCCCUGCCUACACAGGCUACAACAGCCCCUAAUGGACAGACAGGGGGACAGCAGCAACAACCAGCUCUUCAAGCAGCUGGGAUAUCUGGGGAAACUUCAUCUGCCCCUCCCCAGCCACACCCAGAAGUCUCUGAAAGCACUAUGGAUCGUGAUAAAGUUGGAGUGCCUACAGAUGGAGAUUCACAUGCUGUCUCCUAUCCACCUGCAAUUGUAGUUUAUAUAGUUGAUCCUUUUACGUAUGAAAAGAAAGAUGAGCAUAGCAACUCAUCCAAUGUGUGGACCCUUGGGCUUCUUCGUUGCUUUCUCGAGAUGGUUCAGAUUCUUCCUCCUAACAUCAGGAGUACAGUUUCUGUGCAGAUUGUCCCGUGUCAGUACCUGUUACAACCUGUGAAACAUGAAGAUAGGCAAAUCUACACCCAACAUUUAAAAUCUCUGGCAUUUUCAGCAUUUACACAGUGUCGGAGACCACUUCCAACUUCAACCAAUGUGAAAACAUUGACUGGUUUUGGCCCAGGUUUAGCAAUGGAAACUGCGCUUAAGAGCCCCGAUAGACCAGAGUGUAUUCGACUCUAUACACCUCCUUUUAUACUGGCUCCUGUAAAGGACAAGCAAACAGAGUUAGGAGAAACUUUUGGGGAGGCUGGACAGAAAUAUAAUGUGCUUUUUGUGGGCUAUUGUUUAUCUCAUGAUCAAAGAUGGCUUCUUGCGUCAUGCACAGAUCUCUAUGGAGAACUGCUAGAAACGUGCAUAAUUAAUAUCGAUGUCCCAAACAGGCUGAUCGUACAGGAAAGCAAAAGCAAGCUUUCUUUCACUUUUGAUUUCAAGCUCGUAGGAAAAAAAGGUUCUGCCCGCAGACUUGGUCUCCAAAAACUCUGGGAAUGGUGCUUGGGACUUGUGCAGAUGAGUUCAUUGCCAUGGAGAGUUGUAAUAGGCCGUUUAGGAAGGAUAGGUCAUGGAGAGUUAAAAGAUUGGAGCUGUUUGCUGAGUCGCCGAAACCUCCAGUCCCUCAGCAAGAGACUGAAAGAUAUGUGUAGGAUGUGUGGUAUAUCUGCUGCAGAUUCUCCCAGCAUUCUCAGUGCUUGCUUGGUGGCAAUGGAACCACAAGGGUCUUUUGUUAUUAUGCCAGAUUCCGUGUCAACAGGGUCUGUAUUUGGACGCAGCACUACUUUAAAUAUGCAGACAUCUCAGCUGAAUACCCCCCAGGACACAUCAUGCACUCAUAUACUUGUGUUCCCUACGUCUGCCUCUGUGCAAGUAGCAUCGUCGACGUAUACCACUGAAAAUUUGGACUUGGCCUUCAAUACAAACAACGAUGGAGCAGAUGGAAUGGGUAUCUUUGAUUUGUUAGACACUGGAGAUGACCUUGAUCCUGAUAUUAUUAAUAUCCUUCCUGCAUCCCCUACUGGAUCCCCUGUACAUUCACCAGGAUCCCAUUACCCCCAUGGAGGUGAAAUGGGCAAGGGUCAAGGUACAGAUAGAUUGCUUUCAACAGAAUCUCAUGAUGAAGUAACAAAUAUCCUGCAACAACCAUUGGCCCUUGGUUACUUUGUAUCAACUGCCAAAGCGGGUCCAUUGCCUGAGUGGUUUUGGUCAGCAUGUCCUCAAGCACAAAAUCAGUGUCCCCUGUUUCUUAAGGCCUCUUUGCACCUCCAUGUGCCUUCAGUGCAAUCAGACGAGCUACUCCACAGUAAACACUCCCACCCACUUGACUCUAAUCAAACUUCUGAUGUUCUCAGGUUUGUUUUGGAACAGUACAAUGCACUCUCCUGGCUAACCUGUGAUCCCGCAACCCAGGACAGACGGUCAUGUCUCCCAGUUCAUUUUGUGGUGCUGAAUCAGUUGUAUAACUUUAUCAUGAAUAUGCUGUGAUCUUCAUCUGAACUUUGCAAGAAGAGAACAAGGAAAAGGGAUAUUUCACUGCAGGACUAAGUUAUAAUUCUUCUCAGUUCAAGUUAUUUGUGAUGGGGUAUAAUUCUUGUUACUUCCAACAAAUAUUGUUUUGACUUCUGAGGGGCACAUAAUCCUGCUGUCUUUGUUUCAUUGACUCUACAGGACUCUUUUUAGAAUGAUGAUUGAUCAGUCAAAAUGUAUUAUAACAUUUUAGUGGCAAAAUUAACCCUUUUUUCCCAGUCACAGUAUUUGUGAAAAGUAAUGAGCCAUAGUACCCAGUCAUGUUUAAUGAAUAUUAAAAGCAUGGAGACGAGAAGAGACGUGAGGAACAAUAGGUUUCAACCUAUGGCUUCAGAACAUCAAGAUGUUCUUGUAUCGGAUUAUAGUACCUAGUAUUCAGAAAAUGCCUGCAUCUCUUAUUUAUUGUAAGUUUUUAAAUGUAUAAAUUGUCUUAUAUUUCUUAACCUCUUUUAUAAAAAUUUUCCUAGAAGGUUUAUACCGCCUUCUUGCUUUAAAGCAAUUGGUCUAAAAUAUAUGUAAUCGUCUUAAUUAAAAGUUGCAGUAGGUUGCUUUUAGAGUAUUAUUUUUUUGUAAGGGGGUGGGUGGGGACAGUAAAUUUGUAUUGUCUUGAUGUACAGUUUAAUGGGGAUAGAGGGGUUAAUGUCCAUACCAUUGUGUGUGGGGGAUUUACAGCUAAGCUGUAGUUGCAGAGUACAUGUACAGUAAUGAAGUUCACUGUGUUUAUAUAAAUUGAAAAGGUACCGGGUCUUACAACAUUUUAUAUCACACCUUUACAGAGUAACAUAAUGGCAAUAUAUAAGUGAUAUUGUAGGUGGUUUAACUUGUAGUGAGAAUAAAAUGAAUAAACUCUUCAAUUUAAUUUUGUGUUAUGGCUCAGGGCUGUGGCCAAUUUUUCAGACCUUUUCCAUUUACUGUGGAAAGAUUUAUUACUACAAGAAUCUCUGCUACCCAGUGUAGGUAACCAGGAAUUUUUGGCAUAGUGGGAAUUGCAUCAUAUUCUGUAAGAUUUGUGUUAGUCACAAAUCAGAUGGAACAUGUAGGUAUAGAAAAACAUUAUAAGAUGAAAUUGCCCCAAAGACUCCUGUAGGCUGAAAUUGCGCCCAGCUCUAGCCAUUUUACAAAUGCAAAAACAGUCAAUCUUGACUUUAAGAUUGGUGUGUGUUUGACUAAAAUGUGGUGUAUAUAGAUUUUCAGUGAAUUCUGGUAUUCAGAUUUUAUUCCACUAGUGAAAGAAGCAUUUUCCUUUUCCUUUUUGAUCUAUUUUUGGCACUGUGGUGAGGGUCCCAGGCUCCAGUGUAUGGACUUCCCCUCCAGAUUCCAGCCAAGGCAUGUGCCAACGAGGCUCAAGCCUCCCUAAGGAAGAGACUCGGGAGUCAUGGGACUUUCAUACGCCUCUUCCUCUACAAUCACCAUUUUCCCCUAACCUAACACUUCCUUCCUUGACUUGCACACGCCAAAUCUGUAAUGCUCUAAAAUGGCCCCUACGGGUGCUCGUGAGCAAUUUCUUCCUUUGUUCCUCAUCCCCUGACUACCGGACAGAAAACUUACUCCUGCGGUGCCCGUGUCAAUCUGAUGUGAGAACCCACAUUAGCCUAGCAUCUGGGUCUCACUGGACAACUUGAACUAUCCAUCCUGCCCAUAAAGUCUUUAAGGAGCCAGUUUUAAAAUCCCUUUGUGCACCCACUGUUAAUCCUCUACAAGGACAAAAAAUCACUUGUAUUUACAAAACUAAAUUUGGUAUCUUACUGAAAAUCAUGUUUUGUAACUACAAAAUAUUUGCCUGAAAUAUCACUUCAUGUGAACAAACAUAACCUCUUUGCUAAUAUUCUAUAUAUACAAUAUUAGCAGUCUUAUUUUGUAUAAAGAAAAUGUACAAUUGGUGACAGAUUUUUUUCAAUCAUUUCUUCAAAAUAACAGUACUGCAAUCAGAUGUCAGCCUAUUUUGAUAUUAAAGUUAAAAAAAAUUGGGUCUCUGCAUUAAUUUUUCUUGAUUAUGCUAAAACACACCACAUAUUGACUAGCAUAUUUGUUCAGUAGCAGCUUUUUCUUUUCAGUGUGGCUGAGAUUUUUUUGAGGGAAAAGAUGCUCCUAAGCCUGGAAUUUUCAAAGCUUACAUCCAAUAUUUUUAGCUCAGUGUUGUCAGAUGGCUGAUUUCAAAACCUAUCUUAAUGUUAACACACCUCUUUAGCUUGGAACUUGUUGGAAGUGGGCUGUUUAAAAUCUGACAGUGACUUGUAUUCAUAAAUGAGCCAGCUGCCUGAAUGCUGAGGUCCAGUUCAUACUAUAUAGUUAAAUGAAUGUACUCUGAAAUUCCCCAACUGUAGGGAAGAACUGCUGGUAAAAGUUUUUUCAAAUGCAGUCAGAAAUAUAAACUGAUAAAUUAACCACUAGGAAAAUAUCAGAAGCCCCCUUUUUGAAGUGUUUUUAGAAACCAUUUGUACUGGGAGACUUUAACUUCACAGUGGCAUCCAUUGCCAGCAAUGUACAUAUCAAAACUGCCGGCACCAAGGAGCUAACUGUCAUAUUUGGCUUACUUCUAAAUAAGUUACUUUCACCUUUUAUGAAUCAGAUUUCUUUGUAAUGAUUAACCCUUCCUCUCUUAAAGUGGACACGACUAAUUACUGACAACAAUAAUAUUGUCACAGCCAGUUAACAGUAGAGUUGAUCAGAAGGUGCAAGCUUUAUAGCAGAGUUUAUACAGAUCAUUGACAGUUCGAGCAGCAACUUCUCAAAAUGCUUGUUCCUAGUGUUGGUCUGUGAAGCUCUCUGUUUAGUAGUAUUUCGUAGAAGUUCACCUAUUCUUAAGUAUUUUGGAUUUCAAAUGAUAGCCACAUAUGGUGUCCUUCCAGCCAGUCAAAAAAAUCUAGCCAUACUCUCUUUAUGUAAGCCAUUCACUCAUCUGGACUUAAUGCUGUAUGAAUUAGAUUCUUGUACACAUUAUUGUUUGGCCAGUGGGCCACCAAGUGUACUUACAUACAAUCCUUAAAUUUUUAAGUAGUUGUAAUUUUUAAAACUUUCUAACAUUUUCUGAAAUGGCUAAAAUGAAAGUUAUCACUAAAAUCCUCAGCUAUAUUCUUGCUCAGCUGUCAGUAUGGCACAGAUGACUCUAUUACUAUAUUCUUUUCAUCUUCAUAUUUACCUUCUAUGGUGACUUUUAACUUCAUGUGUUGCUACAAAGAUUUGCAGAUGUCUUUAAUCAAGCACUAUUUGUUGUUACUGUACUGUCAAAAUAUUAUGUUGCAUUAUUUAAAAACAUUCAAAUUUAAUAGAUGAAAAGAUUUUUUAAAUGCUAUUGCACCGUAUAAUUUGCUGCGCAACAGUCUAUGGCAUAGCAUAUCAGUCUGUUAAUAUUAUCCAUGUAAUGUUACAUGAAACAAUGUUUUGGUCUGGGUUUCCUCUGAGAACUCAGUUUCUCAGUUUACGUGAAAUUGUAUGACAAACUAUCUUGACACAAAUUCUGAGGUGGAAAAAUUAAUUUUUUUCAUCUUAAUUGAAGGAAUCAGAACUAUGUCUUAUAUUUAGAAAAUCUUAUUUGUGGGUGUACUCUUUAUUUUCAAUGGAGUGAAACUUCAUUUACAGUAAAACUGGAUUUGGGACCUACAAUAAUCCUCAGGGUCACUUUUUCAGGAAGUUUUAAUAUAGCUUUAGGUUUUCCAAAUAAACUGGAUUUGAGGACCUUGAAAAGCUAUUGGGUUUAAAUUGCAAAUUGUGGCAUCAUUACUGGACAUGUCAGUUUCAUAAAUCUUCUCAAAACAGCUGGGUCACUUUAAGGGAGUUUUUAAGGUCUCACUCAGCAGACACAUUUAAUGGUCCAAGUCUUCUUAUUUAAUAUGACAUAAAAUCAAAUAAGGAACAAACACUAUUGCUGCCGAAUGCCAUAAACACUGAGUUGUACAAAUUGUGAUUGAGGAAAUGAAAAAGUUUAUACUUUUAAAAAAAAAAAUUCAAAUGGAAUAAAUUAUUCAUGAAGCCUUGA